CGGCUGCAGAAGGUAGAGGUUAAACAAAAACUGUGGGAACGGGUCAGAGGAAAGAGGGGGCGGGAGGAAUGGGAAAGGGUACAGUAGAAAGGCAGGCAGGGUGUUUUCUUAACUUAAAGGAAGAGUUAAAUCAGAAGUCAAUAGCUUAUUGUGAGUUAUUUAAACGAUUGCCCACACCGCCGAGAACUGGGAAACCGAAAGUUAUCUAAUUAUAUAAGACAUAAACAAGAGAAGGAGACCUCGAUGUCGGGAAUAGGACACGGUCUGGAAUAGGAGAAGAGAUACUUUGUAUUCAACGUGUCGUACGCGCGUUCCAGGCAGCACGUUCAUGGCAAGAAAUCUGAGCGCACUCGUUCUACAGUCAGAGGUGAAGGAUGGAGGGAGAUACAGAGACAGCAGAGGAGAAGGAGGGUGAUGACACGGAGCUUUCUGGUGAGGAAGGGGUAGGGCAACUUCACCAGAGCGGAGGGUCCUCGGAUAAAGACCAGGACCUACCCAUCAUGCAGUGGGAGGACCUGAGCCUGCGUAUCGCCGAGCUAGAGAAACAGGAAGAGGAGAGGAGGGAGAGGGCAAAGAGUACGAGUGGGUCGGAACAAGGGAGUGUGUCAGGGGGCUGGGCGGAGGAGAGGCAGGGUGGGCUUCGGAGGAGAGAGGAAUGGGAGGAGGAGGACUAUGGAAGGUGUCGAGUUACUGUUUUCUCAUCUAGAUUCCACAAUCACAGAAAUCUACAGUUAUGCUACAUCAACAACAGUGAGAGCGAGGAUGAUGAUACGGAGGAGGGGGCUGGCAAAGAGGGUUCUAAAGAGGCAGGUAGCCAUGGUUACCAUCCCUCUGGCCUGAAGCUGGAGGUGAGGGCCGCACUGAGUGCGCUUAAAAACAAGCUGCUCGCUGAACAGAAAGAGAAGGAGCACCUCGCCUGUGUGAUCAAUAAGAGGAAGCAUCUGGAAUGCUGUGACCUGCAGAUCUGCUCAAUACAACAGCUCAGUUCCCUCAGGACCUCACUCAACCAUGACAUACACGACCUGAGCUCUGAGUUGGUGGGUCACCUGUUGAUAAGGGACCAGCUGAGGACCAAACAGGAUGCCAUGCUCCUGGAUGUACAGGAUCUGACAUAAUGUUGACCCACAGGUGCACAGGAUGUGACAUCACCACUGCCAUGGACAGGGUACCAGGACAGGAAGUCAUUGUGACCAAUAGUGGAUAAAGUGAUUUUGGCCCAGAUAUGCCACUAUGAGACUGUCAGAAGUAUUGCCAUUGUUGCCUACUCAACAUGAUUUUUCGUAAAGGAGAAAUGUUGAUUAUGAGCAACUGAUGAGCAACAUCAGACCGGUGUCAUAAUACAAUCCAUAUUUCUCAGAGAGGGUAUGGAUAACUUUCUCUUCAUCAUCCCCACCUGAUCUUGACCAGCGUAAUAUUCAUCAUCAUUAGUGGAGAGAGUACUGUAUUAGGACCUGUUUUGACUUACGCAUGCACUUAACCAAAAAUAUUUAAUAUCAGAAAGAGGGUUUUAAGCCAUUUGUGAUGUUGUUUGAAACAUCUCUGGUAAUAUCUGACUCAUAGUCUUUUGCCUGUGGUAAGAAAGUCCUAUUUGUCUUGGGGGUGUCAGAUGGAGAACCUUCACAGCCAUAUUGUAACCCAACAUUCAAUGAGUUAUAUCAUUUACAUAUAUGAGGGAUACCGCUUUGCAUAAGUUUUAUUGUGUAAGCAUUGCAAUAUCCUUGAUUUACUAAUUUAAGGGAAUUGUCCACUUAUAGCCUGUAUAAAACAAGCUAAGGAGUUACAUAUUCAGGCUAAAGCGAACUGUCCUGUAACAAUUUGGUAGAGAAGUUUCUUUGUUGCUAAUUAUCCUCUAUUAUGUAUAAUAUAAGCCUCAUGUAGUUGUUGAUGUAAGGGAAUUGUCCGCAUAGUGCCAAUAAGCCUGUGGUUAUUGCCAUUGUGGCAGCAGGGUAGCCUAGUGGUUAGAGUGUUGGACUAGUAACCGGAAGGUUGCAAGUUCAAACCCCCGAGCUGACAAGGUACAAAUCUGUUGUUCUGCCCCUGAACAGGCAGUUAACCCACUGUUCCUAGGCUGUCAUUGAAAAUAAGAAUUUGUUCUGACUUGCCUAGUAAAAUAAAGGUAAAAAAUAUAAUAAUAAUAAUGUAUUUUAUGAUAUACCUGGUUUGCAGCCAUAACCAUAACUACCACCUGCAUAGGAAACUACAAAGCUGCAAUUGGUCGAUUGACUCCAUGCCAGCAUAGCCCGAAAAUAUUUUGUGUUUCUCAGAUUGUUCUGGCAAUUCUCACAUAGAAACUUCAUUGGGAUGAAGGAUGUUUGAUGUGCUGUUUACAUUUGUAACACAAAUCAUAUUUUUAAAAUGUAUCAUGAUGGAAGUGGCAAUUUUAGGCCCUUUUUAAUCCUAUGCAUGACAACACCUUGGUGUCAUUAUACCCCUAAUAGCUCUAAAAUAUGGACUGUCAUUACAUUCUGAAAUACAAUUUUACACAUUAAUUUAUUCAAGAUUAAAACUAUUAAUAUUAUAUCAAAAGUACCCUUUUUGAUUUUGUUCAGUUUUAGACAUUGUUCAAAACAAUCUAUUUUACUAGUACAUCACAUUUCCAGAGUGGGCUCUGUUACUUUUAAAGUUAUGAUUCAAAAGGAACUCCUUCUGCUGGUGAUUUGCUGAAUGUGCAAUCCUACAUUAGGGCUGUGAUUGGUUAAUUACCUAUAAUGUAUACUUUGUAUUCUGAACAAUAAUAUAAACGCAAUAUGUAAAGGUUUGGUCCCAUGUUUCAUCAGCUGAAAUAAAUUAUCCCAUAAAUGUUCCAUACGCUCAAAAAGCUUAAUUAUCUCAAAUUCUGUGCACAAAUUUGUUUACAACCCUGUUAGUGAGCGUUUAUCCUUUGCCAAUAUAAUCCAUCCACCUGACAGGUGUGGCAUAUCAAGAAGCUGAUUAAACAACAUGAACAUUACACAGGUGAACCUUGUGCUGGGGACAAUAAAAGGCUACCCUAAAAUGUGCAGUUUUGUCACACAACACAAUGCCACAGAUGUCUCAAGUUUUGAGGGAUUGCAGGAAUGUCCACUAGAGCUGUUGCCAGGGAAUUGAAUGUUAAUUUCUCUAGGACCUCCACAUCUGGCUUCUUUACCUGCGGGAUCGUCUGAGGGUGGGAUUGCUGAGGAGUAUUUCUGUCUGUAAUAAAGCCCUUUGUGGGGGGAAACUUAUUCUGAUUGGCUGGGCCUGGCUCCCAAGUGGGUGGACCUAUGCCCUCCCAUUUAUUUAAAUUGACUGAAUUCCUUAUAUGAAAUGUAACUCAGUAAAAUAAUUGAAAUUGUUGCAUAUUGCGUUUAUAUUUUUGUUCAUUAUAUAACAUUUAUAAUUUAUUCAAAAGUGGUAGAGAGCCCACUCUGGGAAUGUGAUGUUUGAAAAGUAUAUUCUUACAAACAAUGUGUCUAAAAAUAAGCAAAACCAAAAAGGGUACUUUUGAGAUAUUAAUAAUGAAUAUAAUAUCUUACCUGGUUUUCUGGUGCUAUGAAAGAUUGUCAUUUGUCUGCCAUUUUAAAAUAUACCAGCCUGUUUCUUCCCUCUUGUAUUUGUCCUGCUAUCACAGUUCAUUGUUUCGUCAUACUACAAAUACACACGAUUAUUGGAAGUACCACAUAUAAUAAUUGCUAGUUGAGACACAAGAGGUAAUAAGGCGAGGAUAUUUUCCUGACCAUGUGACCUCACCAGGGACAAACACCCGGCUCAAGUUACUGGCCCAGAGUCUUUCCUCUUCAAGUCAAGUCACAUGAUCAGGAAAAACUCCUGGCCUUAUUACCUCUUGUGCCUUAACUAGCAAUUAUUAUAUGUGGUACUUCCAAUAAUCGUGUGUAUUUGUAGUAUGACGAAACAAUGAACUGUUUUAGCAGAUUCAAGGCCAUGGGAAAGGGGUGAAUGCUAUGAAGUAACAUUGCACUUUUUAAUCUCUGAAGUAUUAUUCCUUAUUAACUUUUUUUUACUGUAUAAUUUUGCAUUCAAUAAACCUUGUAAGGUUAUUCAA